AUGAUGAAACAAAUCUAUCUUAUAACAUUUAUAUUUGUCAUAUUUAUUUAUAGUUUUCAUUCUCAAUGGGUUCCAAGUGAUUUUGAUACUAUUAUUGAUGAGUGUCAAAGGGUUUCUGAGUAUCUUAUAACGGGGACAGACUAUCUUAAUUAUUCAGAUAUGAAAGCUUGCUAUGAUUCAAUUCCAUUUAAUAAAACCAAGGCAGUUCAGACAAUCGAGACAGUAAAAGAACUUUUAAAAGGAUUCUAUGCAUUCUUAGAUCAAGCGAAGGAAGAACCAAAACCAGGAUAUACAUUUACGCCUAUUGAUUUAAUAACAGAAUUAGAUUUGCUUUUAAAUAAAGAUUAUUCAUAUGAAUAUGAAUUUGUGGUUUUUGAUGACACAAUAGAUCCAAACACUAUUGAUUGUCAAGUUACACAUAUAGAUGAUAAACCCGCGAUUGACGUAAUUACUGAAUUCGCUCGUAAUAACAUAAGUAAUUCAAGGGAUUUAAAUGUUCGUUUCAAUACAGCUCUUGCAUCUCUUGCUUUUGGAAAUAUGGACUUUCUUGUAUACGGACAAUUAUUCUCACUUAGACAAAAAUUACCUACUGAUCCAACUAUUUCUUAUACGCUCAAUUGCAAUGAUAAAAUUUUUAACAUUACUAGAGAGUGGAUAGUUCCAGUUUAUGGGAGUAAAGAGUUUUAUCCGAUAUUUACAAAAUACAAGUCAUCAUAUAUUAAUGAAACUUCAGUUGGCAACGCAUCUUUAAUCUUUGAUGCAAUUUUCUCUAGAUUUUAUACAUUACAAGAUUUUGGUGUGGUCUUGUUUUCAACUGAAGACACUACAGGUUUGAAUACUGAUGAAGUCAUCCGUUUCUUGACCGAUAUGAUCGUUGGAUUUAAAUUAUUAGCUGAUAAAGGUAUAACCAAGAUAGUUCUUGAUUUCAGCAAUAAUAGUGGUGGGGAUGUCAUUGUUGCAGAUUAUAUCAUUAAAGUUUUAUUUCCUAAUAUAAAUAUUUUUCCUGAAGAUAUAAAAGUUACAGACGCAUCUACGGCUUUUAUAGAAGAAAUUUCAAAUGCAAAUGUUGUUGGCGAUUUAUUUAAUUAUAGAUCAUAUACUUCAACAAUUAAAAAUAAUCCAUUUGAUAGUAUCAAUGAAUUUAUUGGAAACAACAGAUAUACACGCGGUGGUGCACAAGUUAAAUUUACAACAAAAGCAUUUAGAAAUGACUCAUUAGAUUUUCAAAUUCUUCCGGUUCCUCCAAAAUUUCCAUGGACUCAGGAAAAUAUGGUUAUUUUAACAAAUGGUGCUUGUUUUUCAUCAUGUGCAAAUAUAGUUCAGCGAUUAGCUGAAGUUAGUGUUCCAACUGUAUCUGUUGGUGGUUUUCCAAAUACUAGAUUUUCUUUUGCAAGUUGUUCUGGUGGAACAGUGAAGGAUAGUAAUAUUAUUAGCACUUAUCUAAAUCUUUAUCAAAAUCUUAGUAAUUUAGCUUCUAGGUCAAUUCUUUCUCAAGAUUUAUUUUUAACCUUUACUUGUGCUGAAGUAUACAGCCUUAAUAAUCCCGAUGAAGUUAUGGAGUUUUCCUUUAGACAAGCAGAUUACCAAUUAUAUUAUAAUGAGCAAAGCGCUAGAGAUCCAAGUAGUUUAUGGUUACAGGCGGAACAAUACAUUAAGAAACGUUAA